UCCAUCAAAAACAUUCGCGGAACUGUUUUUCUUAUUCUCUGAUUUAUUCUUAACGGUGAAAGGAAGUUUUUCUUUGACAGGAUCGAUCGUUAUAUCGAAGAUAUAUAUCUUAUAUAAUAAGGAAAUAAGAAGGAAGAAGUUGAAGAGAGUAGAAUUAAGAAGCAGUGUACCUUUAUUCCCAUAAACCCGUAGUUCAAACGGUGAGGAGGAGUGGUGCUGGUGAUAGUGGUGGUGGUUGCGGUAAAACGUGUCCACGAACUCUUGCCCUCCUCCUCCUUCUUGAUUCGCUCCCCUAGGAGCCGGUACAACAGGACAUUAACGACGAGGGUGAAUAUAAGGAACGAGGGUCGUCUUUUAGAUUCGUCAAUACUCGAACAAGAUUUCUCAUUCUCCUCGGUAUUUUUAAUAUUUCUUUUCUAGUGAAAUUGUGCCCGUAGUGAAACGUGUGGAGAUAUGCGCGUGCUAUCGAUCACGCGACCUGAUUGCGCGGAUAUGUGAUACCGGAAGUAGGUACGGCAGGCUUGACCUGCGUGCAGGUGCUCUACAGUGCGUACCACGUAUGCGUACAUACAUAGGGGUGAGCAGCGACAGAGUAGAGAAAGGUGCGCGAGAAAAGGCCGCGUCAGGGCCAGUCGUGAAGAUGCACGCCACCGACGCCGUCGACGUGACGGCGUCCCUGCCGUCAUCCACGUCCUCCGUGGCCGUUUCGAGGAACUUCGGACAUGAAAUCACGCUCAUCCUCGUUCUGCUCGUAUCCUGCUGGAUCGUGCAGGAUCGGUUAGUGCUUGGGAUGUCCGAACCACCGGAGUUAACCACGACGGAAGACUUAACCGACAGGGGAACGAAGAAAUUUGGCGAUGAUUGCGUGGAAGAUCGUGAAUGCAGUUUCUCUGGCUCUUAUUGCGAGCCAAAAAAGAACAAAUGUUCGUGUAGGGAGGAAUUCGAGGCAACGAAUCAUAUCGACAAAUGUGGACACCCGGUGAACGUGAACGAGUCAUGCUUUUUCCAUGAGCAAUGCGAAGCUAGAGUGAGCCAAACCGAAUGCAGGGACAAUCGUUGUAUUUGCAUCUUCGAGAAGAUUCCGGUUACCCAACCUGACGGCAUGAUUGUGUGUGUCGCUGAGCAAAAAGAGGAACCCAAUCUUCAAUAUAUCGAUCCGACGAUGAUUGGUGUUCUCGUUGGUAUGGCCCUCAUGUUCAUCAUCAUCUGCGUCGUCCUUAGGCUUUUCAGCAAAGCUCGUUGGCGCGAAAAUCGUACAAUUUUUAACACCCCGAACGCCCGUCUAAUGAACGUAUCGUUACUAAGAGAGAACAAGCUCCUGCAUCCGCAGGAAAGACGCGGUUCAAGGGCAAGCGUACGAGUUCCCUCGAGGCAACCCUCGAUGGCCUCCUUACGUGCCCAUUCGCCGAAUGCCUCGCAAGGGUCACGAACAGGAUCACGACGGGGAAGUCGGGGUAGCAGUGGGAAUGCGUCAGCCGUCUCAACGAAAUCGAACAAAUCGCCACCUAAUCAAGCAAAUACCAUGUCUGAAACUGUUCAUUCGGAAAAUGUCACCGUUGAAAUUCUCGAGGCUAAGGCGUAGAUCCACUGGGAAUCCACGACCAUCGUUGCUACACCUUUCUCUUUCCAAUGACGGUUGUGAAGUCGCCCUAAAGAAAGAAUCGUCUAGACGUCUUCAAAGCAAUUUUACGCAAUCUCUUUUUCAAAAUGUACAAAUUCCUAUUCACAUAAAUCCCUUUUCUCUUUUUUAUUCGAAAAGAUUCGCUCCUUUAAGUCUUAGUCUACUGCUUUGGUACAAAGAAUUUUUCUGAUUGACAUGCGUUUGCAUAUAACUUAUCCGGCCAUUUGUUAUCGUUAUCGAUUAUAAAUCAAAGUUUAAUGUGAAGAAAAUAGAUUAUGCUUAAUGCAGAAAUACUUAGUUUGAGAAUUUUAGGAAAUAAGAGAAAUUAUAUUAUAAUUCGUACUGAUUGUAAGAUAAUCACUGUUUAAUUUUUAUGUUUAAAAGAUGUUAAAUUCGAUAAAGAAUUAACGGAUAUAUUUGCGAUAUUGAUAAAAUCAAAUAAACAUAUUUUAUGUAAAAAAUUUUAAUAUUCGAAAUAUUUUGCAGAAGAAAAUCUAAUAUCGAAAAAUCUACGAUAUAUUUUAAAAAGUAUUGUGAAAGGAAUCUUGAAAUUAAAUUUACCAUAUGUUUAAAUUUGGUUGUAUUAAAAAAAAAAGACAGAAAAUUGAAAGACAAGUAUAAACUCUUCUAAAAAUAAAAGAAAAGAAAGUUAUGUCUCAUGAAUCGUUUAUCAUGGUACAAAACUUCUUCGCGUUCGUUUGACAUUGAUUAACAUUGCAGACAGAUGAAUGAAAUCUGGAAACGAAACAUAGCAAAGACGAUGCAAAGUUUGUGUUUUUUUGUUAUUUAUUAAACGCAAAACCUUACAUCGAUUCGCCAUGUUUUCACGAUGUUUGGACCAAACGACAAUGUACGUUUCGCUAUUAAUAUGAUCACUUUUAUUAAAGAUCAUCGCUUCAAGCUAUAUCACUCUAUAGCUAAUAAUAAAAAUGAUUUCGUAUUUUAUAAAUAACAUUGUCGAACCAAUAAACUCGACGCGUUGAUCGAUCUUUCUAUAUAAAUAUGUAUGUGUGAACAAUCGUUUUAAACGAAAUAGCCAAACGGUGAUCCAUUACAAUCAACUAAGGAUUAUUCAAAUAUCCUCCUCCAUAAGAAAUAAUCUUCACAUUCAUCGAAUUCUAUCUUUUAUCUCUACCAUACGCUAUAUAUUUUUAACCUCAAACUAUAUGUGAAUCAAUUUCUUAAAGUGGCAUUGACUCUGCUUUAUAUUCUAGAAUGAUUUUCUCAUUAGAUCAGAUAAUACUUAAUUUUAUAAGUAAUUUUUUAAUUUUAUUAAUUUAUUAAUUUUAUAGCUAUCGAUUUUCAAAAUCAAUAAUUAAUUUUAUUAAAAAUUCCUUCAUUUUUAAUAACGACAAAAAUAAGAACCCAUCAUUUUAAUGAAUCUUUUAAUAAUUCUAAUUUUAAUCUAAAAAUGUCAUUUCCACUGCGCAUCAAAGAUUGAGAAUAUUUUGCACAUGUAAAUAUAAUUUAUAUGUGUGAAAUAAAAAAAAAAUUAUCAACAAUAAUUUUGGAUUAAUGUUUUAGAUAGGAGAGUAUCAUCAGAUUAUAAUAUCCAUAAUAAUUAAUUUCUCGAUAAGUUAAAAUUUAGAGUUAAAAGAUACAAUUCUGAUGUUAUAGUUAUGCUUUAUCAUAUAUAUUUGCUGAUCUUAUAUAAAACUAAUACGCGUUAUUAUUGCAAGAAGGAAUCAAGGAAGUGUCUGAUGCAAACACAAUUAUUAUCAACGGAGAUCUUCCUAACAAGUCCUUCCUGUGAAUACAUAUUCCCAGCGUGAUAUUGAUGAAAUAUUGGUAGAUCGUACCAAAAAAACACACAGUGUUUUCUGAGAUUUUCUUUUCGAGAAGCCAACACGAAUGGGACCAGAUGAAAAGUGUUUGAACCGACAUCGUGAAGUUAACGCUGCAUAUAGUAUAGCGAACCAAUUAAGCCGUGAUAAUUAAACACAUCUUCGAGCUCUAUUUCGCGUUAGUAAAGUAAAGAUUAAGAUAUCGUAUGCGAUCAUUCUCGUUACGUAUAACAAUAAAAGAUAUAUAAUGUAUAUAUCUGUCGUUACACGUACUAGAUAUAAUCGUUUCUCAUCGUCGUGAGAUUCAUAGAUGUUACAUUCGUUCAUUCAUAAUCGAUUAUUUGUCUGACUUAUUCUUAUCUUUUAUCACUUCUAACCAAGCGUUCGUAUUCCAUGAGAGAUAUUUUCUCGCGCUUUUGAACUUUGCAAACAUUUCUUAUUCGAUAGAAUUUCUAUUCUAGUCGCCUGCCUUGUGAAACAAGCUUUAGUCGUUGCUUAAGGGAAAAAAUUUCAUCGAAAGUAAUACUAUAUCGCAAGAACGUGUUCACGCGUUAGGUUAGGAUACAUCGCGCAAAUUUUUAAAGAAUUUACAAAAUGGAGAAGAGAGAUCGAUCUAAUUCAUCGCGUGAACUGUUACAGAAGAAUUAUAAGAAAUAAGAAGGGUGAAAGAAAGAAAAUAAAAUCAUCUCCAGAAAUUUCACUUAAAUAAAAUACGACCAAACGGACUGUACACGUUUGUACAACUAUAUUAUUAUUAAUUGCACAAGACCUCGUUAUAGAAAAUUAAUAUCGAUCUACGAAAAUACACUUUAUACAUAUAUAAGGAUAUAUAAAUCGAUAUAUUUACGUACAUAUUGGAAUCAUUUUUUUUUUUCUGAAUAAGUAAAUGAGAAUCAUCGAUAGUCUGGUAUGAUUAUAUCUCAGCAAUUUAGUGCCUGCGCUCUCGCGUACAUAGCGUUUAAAUAAAGGAAAUAUGAGAUUAAUUAAAUAUAUAUAUAAUAUAUAUUAUAUAUUAUAUAUAUAUAUAUAUAAUAUAUAAUAUAUAUUAUAUAUACGUGAUACUAGGCUUGGCACUAUUUGCACUAUUUGUAGAUUACUUUUUUGAAUGCCUAGUGACUAUAUUCACUCUGUGAUCUAUAUGCAAUGUAUAGCUAAAAAAUUUUUCUUGCUAUCAUUAUUAUUAUAUUAUUGUUGUUUUUAUUAUUAUUAGUAAUAAUAGUAAUAAUAGUAUUAUUAUAUAGUAGUUAUUAUUAUUAUUAUUAUUAUUAUUAUUAUUAUUAUUAUUAUUAUUAUUAUUAUUAUUAUUAUUCCUUAAAAAUUUACCAAAGAUAAUGGAUAUUAAUAUCGUGUAAGCGACUCGCUUAGUUAUUAUCGUCCCGCACCUAAUGUACUCUAUCUUUGCACCCAUAAUGAAUCCACUUAUGACAUCCUCGUUGUAAAAUUAUAUAAUUUAGAAAAACUUUUUAAUGAUUAACACUAUCUUAAUGGAACAUAAUCAUGAUGACUAUUGUACGAUUAUCAAAUGAUAAUUGAAUUGCGUGAAAAGCGUGUGUGAUAUCCAUGGAAGAUUAAAGGCGAAAUAAAAUAAAAUAAAAAUUAGAAAAAAAAAAUAAAAAUAAAUAUAUAUAAAAAUAUCUAAAAAAAAAAAAAUACUAAAAAUAAGUAAAUUGAUAAAAAAGAUGCAUUUUUAUAAAUGGAAGGUGAACAAAUAUUCACUUAAAUAAAAGUUUAAGAGAAUAACAAGGAGGGAUCGAUCUCAUCUGCAAACGAAAUUUGGGGAAGGUUUCCGUUUUCGGAUAGAACGUCCCCUCUGGUGUUCCAUACUUUAAUUAAAUAUUCGAGACUCUAUAUUACGUUCUUUAUAUCUUAACAAGUGUCCAUUAAAAAUAUCUUCGAUUUAUAUAUAAUUCAGCUUUGUGGAAAGUAAUCGUUCACGUGUAAGAAUUUAUAAGGUAAUUUAACAAGAUUUAGAGUAUAUAUCAAUUAAAAUGCUUUUUCAAGUUGUUAGUUUCUCUCCACUCUUUUAUGAUAUGAAGCACAAUAAAAAUUAACGAAGAAGCAAGGUACUUCGUCUUUAUCAAUCAAAGACACUCGCUCACUUUUAUAAAAUUUCUUAUUAUAAAGAGAUGGAAAUUUUUCUGCCUUUAUCAUAUCUUUGAUCCAGUAAAAGUUUCAUAUUACAUAAAUUGAAACAGUUUUGAUCUAUUUCUAAAUCCUAUCACUAAGGAUGUAAAUAUCUAAGAUUAAUUGCAUCUUCGUCCUUCUUUUCUCGUUAUUCUCUCUUCUUCCUUCGAAUUCUCCUAGAAUAUUUACGAUUACGAUGAAUUCAAGUUUAUUAUCGAAUCAUCGAUACAUCUGAAUUUAUCAUAGCCGAUCAUUUAAAUGUAUUCCAAUCAAACUUUAUUUCUUUUUUAGAAUUAUAAAUUCAUACUCAACAUAAACAAUUAUAUAAGCAGCUUGAAACUUAAAAAUACAGUGAACACAAAAUCGAAAAAAUUACUCCUUACUAUCGAUCAUUGAACAAGAAAAAAAUCUGUACUUUUUAUAACGAGUAAAUAUUGUUUAGAAUCGUUUUUUCUUGUGGAUUUUAAUCACUGAAUUAUCAAAGUUCAAGCGAGCUAUGUUUCCUGAAAUGUCACAGUUUGUAGAAACACGAAAGAACGAUAUGGUAAUCUAAAUAUGGGGAAGUGUUUGGAUUACUUUUCGUUCCCGUGAGAUCAGUUGUCCGAAAUCGAUUUUUUAUAUUCAACCAAGCACUCUAUGAUGACACAAAAUAUACAUAUAAUAUAAAGUAUUUGCCACAAUUAAAAUAAACGUUAAUGUUAAAGUGAUCACUUUUGAUAUCUUUGUGGAUAUUCAAUCGAUGAUGCUCUUUUUUCUCCCCACAUUCGUCGCAUUCAAUAGAAACAAGACACCUCGAAACCGGAAGAUACAAUACAAAACAAAAAACCGAUAAUUCUCAAUCUAACAACGAUGGAAUGUCCCAAAAAUCAAAAUUAGACAAUACCUUGUCGAUAUAAUCUGAAUCAGAUUGAUCAGAAAUGAAAAUUUGUCGAUCCGCGAAGAAAUUAUCUUCGUCAGUGUUUUGUCGAAAUAUACAGUAUAUGGAUAUGAAUAUAUAAUAUAUAUACACACACACACACAUACAUACAUACACACACACACACACACACACAUAUAUUUAUAUAUAUAUUUAUACAUAUAUUUAGAGGAAACGAUUUUUCAACUACGAACUUUUAUGAUUUUGUAAAUUUUUUCUAUACAGCUUCGCUUACAUAACACUCAUAUAUUAUUCGAUUAUAUGAUAUAUAAUAUAAGAUAUAUCAUUAAAAACGAAUAUUGUCGUUUCCUCUGAAUGUUAGCAAUAAUAUUAUAACUUAUAUUAUUAUAUUAAUAUUAUUAUAAAUUAUAUUUAAUCAUCGACACCGUCUGCUCUUUAAAAAACUAAAUAGUAUAUAUGCACAUUUGAGCUUUUAUAGAAUUAUAUUAAUAAGGAUAAACAUAGAAUUUUCAUCUAAUUGCAUUUUGUGCUUAAAUUCAAUGAUUUCGAAUAAUAUUCGAAUUAUGAUCGUUGAACGGUUCGCGAUGAAAUUUUAUGAUUCGAAUUAGAAAUAACUAAUAAAAAUAAGAAAAAGAUUAUUAUACAUUCAUCUCGAGAUAUUUAUAUACAUAUAAUAUAUGUAUAUGGUAUAUAAACACAAAUAUAAUAUAUUCAUAAAAUAUAGCUCUUGCUUCUCGAUUUAAAGAAUAAUUAUGUAAGGAUAAAAUUAAGCUCUACAUAAUUACGUUAUUAAACAAGAAUAUUUAAAAUGCAGGACUUAUGCUAAACAACAAUUGGUAUCUUAUUGAGAGAUUAUAAGUACUUACAUAUAUCAUUCAAAAUAAAUAUUAGAUGAACUUACAUGAGGAACUCUGAUUAGCAAUUAUAUAUAAUAGAAUUUCUUAGCGCGUGGAUGGGUGCGGAUAAAAACGAGUAUGCGAGUCUCUCAUUUUUCAAUUUUCAAUAUUUUAUAAUGUUCGGUAUGUGACGAAAAUGAAUAUUAUUAAAUUUUUAGCGAUAUACUAUUCACUAUUUUAUUAGCAGCUUAGC